AUGGCAGUGGAAACUGUCACUGUUUAUUCAACAAAACCCGAUCUUGCGGAAACCGAUGUCUCCUACGGCGCGUACGAGGCCGAUGCUUCCAUCGACUACAACGUCCGGAUAACCCCCCAUCUGCGCGACGAGACGUCCCGUGCCACCAAAGAUCAAGCCUCCGAGGACACUAGAUAUGGCAGGGGCUUCGAUUAUGACUACGAAGCGAUGGGCCUGGGUCAAAGUGAAGACACAGGAACGCCAUUCGAGGCCAUCUUUGACGAUAAUCCUUGGGAUAUGAUCGAUGGGACUUAG